GGAAACACCCACGCGCGGAUAUAAAAGCACCCCGCGCCGUCCGCAACUCCCUCUCUCAACUUCACAAACAACAACAACACAGCAACCGCUCCCCCUUCUCUCGCCACCUACUCCCAACUACCCGGCCACCGACAUUGGCCUUCGACAACCACCCGUAAAACCAACAAACAAACACACUACUCUUCACAAUGACUGGUCGCGGAAAGGGUGGAAAGGGUCUCGGAAAGGGUGGUGCUAAGCGUCACCGCAAGAUUCUUCGUGACAACAUCCAGGGUAUCACCAAGCCCGCUAUCCGUCGUCUCGCCCGCCGUGGAGGAGUCAAGCGUAUCUCCGGUCUCAUCUACGAAGAAACCCGCGGUGUCCUAAAGUCCUUCCUCGAGAACGUCAUCCGCGACGCCGUCACCUACACCGAGCACGCAAAGCGCAAGACCGUCACCUCCCUCGAUGUCGUCUACGCCCUUAAGCGUCAGGGCCGUACCCUCUACGGUUUCGGUGGAUAAAUCCAUUCGCUUCCGUUCUCCUCCAACUACAUCCACCGCCAACCCAUCCAUCCACCCUCGCUUGCUUGUUGCUAUCGACCCUCUCUCUCUCUACACACACACUCUUGUAAUCUCCAUACCCCAGCGCUUAGCAACGGUGUUUAUCAACGCCAAAAUUCCCCUCUCUCUCUCUCUCGCUCGCUCUUGUAUAAUACCAUCAUUGUAACUUGAGAAAAGAUUGCGCACAAUAUCAAACUCCAUGAUGACAACCCAUAC